GUCCAAGCUCCACUGCUGCCUCCAUCGAUCCCAGCUCGACCAGAGACACCUCGCUACUGCCAAGCUGCUGAUCCUCAGAGAGCCUGCAAUGGAUACGCCCUCACCGCCGCCGCCGACCGCGGAGCACGAGGAGUACAGGACGGUGUGGUCGGCGCCACCCAAGAAGCCAGCGGGGCGGACCAAGUUCCGGGAGACGCGGCACCCGGUGUUCCGCGGCGUGCGGCGCCGCGGCCAGGCGGGGCGGUGGGUGUGCGAGCUGCGCGUCCCGGGCCGGCGCGGCUCCAGGCUCUGGCUCGGCACCUUCGCCACGCCCGAGCUGGCGGCGCGCGCGCACGACGCCGCCGCCAUCGCGCUCUCCGGCCGCGCCGCCUGCCUCAACUUCGCCGACUCCGCGUGGCUGCUCCCGCCGCUGAUUCCCGCGGCGCCGGGAAGCGCGCGCGAGUUCAGGGAUGCUGCCGCCGAGGCCGUCGAGGUGUUCCGGCGGCGCUCGGCGUCGGCGUCGGCGUCGGCGCCGUCGUCGCCAGCGGUGGAGACGGCCGACGAGGAUGAGGAUGACGGCGGCUCGCCUGGCGCAGCGCCGUCGCCCGACGUCUUGUUCGAGCUCGACGACGUGUUCGGGUUGGGCGGCAUGGUUGAUGCUGGAUCGUACUACGCGAGCUUGGCGCAGGGGCUGCUCCUGGACGCGCCGGCCGCCGCUGGAGCGGGAGCGUGGUGGGAGGACGUCGAGCAUGGGAGUGGCACCGCUGACAUUGCCCUGUGGAGCUACUAGCGUAAUGCUACCUCCAAUAAAAAAAAGGAUGACGUUCACACAAGGAGAAUUAGCACAUAGAAAACACUGUCCUGCUUGAGUACCAGUAGCUUGUUUCUGACAAAUUUCGGAUGGUUUAUAAUUGAGAGAAACAGAGCAUAUCAGAUAGUGAGGGGGUUUUCAAUUUUAGAAUCAGCAUCGUACUAGUUCUCUUGUUGCUCAAUUGGCAACGUUAAGUUGUCGAGUUAUUUACUCCCUCGGUCCACAAAAGAAUGCAAUUCUCAUUUUUCGAGGAGUCAAA